AGCAGGUGCAACUCGAAAAAACAUCAUUUGGUUUUAAAUCUUAGUAGUAAAAAUGCUUCUCUUAAAAACAAUUCCAAGUGUUUUGCUGCUUGUAUAUUGUUCAGCUGUCCCAACACCCCAAUUAACAUCCGAUGAAGAUGCCCAUCUCACCGUUCCGGAACUCAUCACCAAAUAUGGAUAUCCAGUCGAAGUGCACCACGUCACCACCACUGAUGGCUACAUCCUGACCCUCCAUCGAAUCCCCCACGGCAAAAACACUGACAAAGUAUUAAACAAAGUUGUUUUCCUAAUGCACGGACUUUUGUGCUCUUCCGCCGAUUGGAUCCUCACUGGGCCUGACCACGCUCUUGGUUAUCGCCUCGCAGAUGAAGGUUACGACGUUUGGAUGGGCAAUGCUCGUGGUAACCAUCAAUCCCGGAACCAUACCAGACUUAACCCCGACACCGACGCCGAAUUUUGGCAAUUCAGUUGGCACGAAAUUGGGGCUAUUGACGUUCCCGCAAUGAUCGACCACGUGUUGGAGGUCACAGGUAAGGAGAGUCUCUACCACGUGGGACACUCCCAAGGAACCACAAGUUUCUACGUCAUGGGUUCCAUGCGUCCGGAGUACAACAGCAAAAUCAAAGCGCAUUUCAGUCUGGCACCAGUGGGGUACAUGAACCACAUGACCAGUCCUCUAAUGCACAUCAUGGCUUUCUGGUCCGGUCCUCUAGAUUUACUCUUUAAACUAAUCGGAGUGAACGAAUUUCUCCCAACCAACGAAUUUUUAGCAAUGAUAGGAGACACGUUCUGUAGCGACGGUGACAUAACCCAAUUUCUUUGCUCAAAUGCACUUUUUGCGAUUUGUGGGUUUAGCCCAAAACAGAUGAAUGCGUCCAUGUUUCCAGUUUUGACUGGACACACUCCUGCUGGAGCUUCGACCAGACAAUUGGUUCAUUACGCACAAGAAAUUAACUCGGGAGCUUUCCGCCAGUUUGAUUUUGGGUUAAAAAAUCUGGAAAUUUAUGGAUCUUUCACUCCGCCUUCCUACGAUUUGAAACUUAUUACAGCACCGAUUUAUCUUUUCUAUAGUCACAAUGACUGGAUGGCGGGUGAACAAGACGUUAUCAGGCUUUGUAACGGCUUGGGAGACAGUUGUAAAGGCAAAUUUUUAGUUUCUGACAACGCUUUCAACCAUCUGGAUUACUUGUAUGGAAUCAGUGCCCCACAAAUUGUCUAUGACCGGCUGAUCAGUUUAAUGGCAAGACAUUAAUUAAAAUAUACCAUGUAUAAUUAUUAAACAAAAUAAAAAAUAUAAUAAUA